AUGUCCACGGGCUCGGUGAGCGACCCCGAGGAGAUGGAGUUGCGGGGGCUGAAGCGGGGGUACCCGGCUCCCGCCUCCAAGAGGCCGCCCCUCCGCGGCGCCGAGCUCAGCUACGUCUCGCCCAGUGACAACUCGUCUGCGGACGAAGAGGACCCCGACGGUGAGGAGGAGCGCGGCACCGGAGGCUGCAAAAGGAAGCGGCCUCGUGCGGCUGCGGGAAGCGGCGCAGGUGGAGGUGCCGGGGGCGGCGGCGGCAAGAAGCCCCUCCCGCCCAAAGGCUCGGCAGCCGAGUGCAAGCAGUCGCAGCGGAACGCGGCCAACGCCCGCGAGCGCGCCCGGAUGCGCGUGCUGAGCAAAGCCUUCUCCAGGCUCAAGACCAGCCUGCCCUGGGUGCCCCCGGACACCAAGCUCUCCAAGCUGGACACGCUGCGGCUGGCUUCCAGUUACAUCGCGCACCUGCGGCAGCUGCUGCAAGAGGACCGCUACGAGAACGGCUACGUGCACCCGGUGAACCUGACAUGGCCAUUUGUGGUCUCUGGACGACCGGACCCUGACACCAAAGAAGUUUCCGCAGCCAACAGACUCUGUGGAACCACCGCUUAGAACCGUGCUCGGACUCACUUACUGGGAUUAUUUGUUAAACAUGUUGCUUGCGGAGGCCGUGGAGGGAAGGCCCAGAGGGAGAGCACCCCCCAGGACGGACACUGGAUGCCUUCGGAUUCUCUUUUGCCCUCCUGGGUUGCUCGGAACUGCGAACACGAAGCAGGGCGAGCUUGGCCGUCCUCGCAGAGGGCGGAAGCUGCGCCUCCACGCUUUGCCUCUGCAGAAAGAGCUCCUUUCCUGUGGACAGCGCGGACCCACGGUCAGCCUGGGGCUUUCGCUCUGUAGACUAAGCCCCGCAGCCCUGGGAACGCAGCGCCACCCCAAGGAGGGUUAGGCUCCCGGCCGAGCCAGAGGGACGGUACCCGUAGCGGCCGGACUGUGCACAGCCCCACACUUUCUCCCGCGGACGGGGUGGUUAGAUCGCGCUUUAAAGACAGGGGACCUGAGGUCCACGUCGAGGUGUGCGUUACUUUGCAGAGAGAGGCGCUUGGCGCACAGACGCCGGCUUUGUAUCCCACGGGGCAGCGCCCUCCUAGCUGGCAGGAGAAUGCCGGCCUCGCGCGGGAUGCGGCUAAAACUCACUUCGGAGACCUUCUGAGGCCGGGUCUGCCCGCGUGCCCCGGGCCAGUCAGCCUCCGCGCCGGGGCCCCGCUCCCUGCUACCCCGCCCAGGCCCAGAUCUCCGGCCCAAGCUCCCGUCUCUUUCGAAUCAGGCUGCGCACUCCCUUGCCGCCCUCUCCGGAGCCUUCCCACGCCGCACAGCACCAAUUUGGCUCCUUUGGCCCUGCCUCUCUCUCCCUCCUUUCGGGUUCCUGCGCCCGCCUACAGGCUCCCCACCUCCUUCUCCAGACUUCCCAACACGCCUCUCCCAGCCCAAGUUCUUCCCCGUGCGGCGGGUGGGUCGCCGGCGCCACCGGAUACCUGGUGACCUUGCUUAGGAGGAGCGAGCCACUCUCGCGAGGCCGCGCUCCCAUGAUAAUUAAC